AUGGAGGUAGCACAGCCCAAGGACCUGCAGGAGGAUUUUGUCCUGGCCAAAAGAAGAUAUGCGGAGCUGGGCAGGCAGAAACGGAUUUUCAACGCCAGGAACAGGAUCAUCGGGGGUGACACCAUGGCCUGGGAUGCUCAGGUUUGUGACCAGAACAUAAAAGCAGCAACUGAAAAAGCGAGAGAGGAAGCCUUUGCUGCUGAAAUGAGACAAAAUGACAAGAUCACAUGCAUAUCAGAAAACCGGGAAAGGAGAGAUAGGAAAAAUCUCUGUAAAGCUAUCAACGAUUUCCAACAGAGCUUUCAGAGCCCGGAAACACGCCGUGAAUUUGACCUCUCUGACCCCCUAGCCCUUAAGAAAGAUCGUCCAGCCCGGCAGUCAGAUUAUGAUGCUUGGAAUACAAUAUCAGGAAUGCAGAAGUUCAUGGGAGAGGAUUUAAACUUCCAUCUGAGGAAGAAAUUCCAAGAGGAACAAAACAGGGAAUGGUCCCUGCAACAGCAAAAAGAACGGAUGGUAGGCCGGGAGAACCAAAAAUGUGCAGAGGAUCUCUACUUGAAGACAAGGCUACAGUUUGAUGAGACAGCCAAGCACUUACAGAAUCUGGAAACCGCCACCAGGAAGGCAGUUUGUACAACUGUGAAAGAAUUCAACAUGAACCAGGCCCUGGAGUCAGCGGAAAAGAAAAUCCAAGAGAGAAAACAAGAACAGGAGGACAACCUAGCUGAGAUCUCCAACCUGCUGCGUGGGGACCUGCUCUCAGAGAACCCGCAGCAGGCAGCCAGCUCCUUCGGGCCGCAUUGUGUGGUGCCUGACCGCUGGAAGGGCAUGAGCCAGGAGCAGCUGGAGGAGAUCCGCCUGGUGCAGAAACAGCAAGUCCAGGAGAAGCUGAGGCUCCAGGAGGAAGAGCGCCAGCGAGACAUGGACUGGGACCGGCGGAGGAUUCAGAAGGCUCGCGCCACCUUGCUGUUUGAGCGGCAGCAGCAGCGCCUACAGCGUGGCCUGCGCAGGGCUCUGGACUGCAGCAACCUCAGCCUGGCCAGGGAGCAGCUCCUGCAGAAAGAACAUAUGAAAGAACUCUCUACCAAUCAUGCCACUGAAGACUAUUUCACACAAUUUAAUACAGGAAGUCGAUAA